AUGAUUUUCUCAAAAUUACAUGAUUAUCCAGAAGCACCACCUUUUGCUGGCGUAAAAGAGCGCAUGUUUCCUUCCAUGGCAAUAAACCAUUCUGCACUUGCAUCUUCAUUCUUGGCGGCACGCGAAUAG